CGAUAAACAACAGUCACUUGGAUUCCUUCUGUCUCUCCUCUCUUUCUCUCUCUAGACUUUUGUUUGCAGUGCUUCUUUUUGCUCUAAUCUCUAUGUCGUUUCAUUGUCGCAGCUUCUCUUCUCUCUCUCUCUAAAGUCGUCACACUCUUAUUUGCAGCCAUUAAAGCGGCUCUGAACUUUCUCUCGCACAACUCUGAAUUCACUUUCGGAAAGCAAAACCAAUUUUCUAUCAAGCACUCCAACCAUUUUAUGGAUUUAUCAAUUCGAUGAUUCACUGAUUUGAUUUGAGAGCUUAUUUGAUCUUCUUUUGAGAUAAACCCUACUACACUCCACGCAGAGGCGGAGCUGAUCGGUCUUUUUUUUUCAAUAAUGAAGUCAAGUACUCGGCUCGACUCUGCCAUUUUUCAGCUGACGCCUACUCGAACCAGGUGUGAUUUGAUUAUCACUGCAAAUGCAAAGACAGAGAAAAUCGCUUCAGGUUUGGUAAGCCCUUUUCUUGCCCACCUGAAGACUGCUCAAGAUCAGAUUGCCAAGGGAGGUUACUCAAUUUUGCUAGAACCAGAACCUGGCACUGAUGCAACGUGGUUUACAAAGGGCACUGUGGAAAGGUUUGUUCGUUUUGUGAGCACUCCUGAGAUCUUGGAACGGGUGUACACCAUAGAAUCUGAGAUUUUACAAAUUGAGGAAGCAAUUGCCAUACAGGGAAACAAUGAUAUAGGGCUAAACAGUGUAGAAAUUCGUCAAGUGAAACCUGUGGGAAGCAGUGAAGACUACAAACCUACGCCAGAUGAGGAGAAGGCAAUCGUCCUUUACAAGCCUGGCACACAUCCACCUGAGGCAAAUGGGUCCAUCACGCAGGAGGGAAAUUCAAAAGUUCAGCUUUUGAAAGUCCUGGAGACGCGCAAAAUUGUGUUGCAAAAAGAGCAAGGCAUGGACUUUGCACGUGCUGUAGCUGCUGGUUUUGACAUUGAUCACAUGGCACUGCUGGUGUCUUUUGCUGAAUGCUUUGGAGCCUCACGUUUGAUGGAUGCAUGCUUAAGGUUCGUGGAUUUGUGGAAGGGAAAACAUGAAAGUGGAGAAUGGGUUGAAAUCGAAGCAGCAGAAGCGAUGUCUAGCCGAUCGGACUUCUCUACCAUGAAUGCAUCAGGCAUUAUGCUUUCUAGUGUGGCCAGCAAACAUAAUGAAUCCUCUAAUGGGUUGGCUUCAGAAAACAAUGUAAAAGCAGGCGUCAACACAAGUGCAGAUGAGAGACCUAUGGAUCACCAAGCCCCAGUUGGUCAACGAGAAUAUUAUCAAGGCCAGUUUCCACAUCCUGUGUUUCCUUCCUGGCCCAUACAUUCCCCAAAUGGUUCCAUGCCUGUGUUUCAACCAUAUCCCAUGCAAGGAAUGCCCUACUAUCAGAACUAUCCAGGAAAUGGUCCAUUUUACCAGCCACCUUAUCCACCAGUGGAGGAUUAUCGAUCCCCUGCUGCUGGCCCUAGACAGAAAAGGCAAUCCUUGGACAGUAGAGAUAGCAACACUGAAUCAGAAACAUGGGAGAUGGAUGCCUCCAAAACAAGUUUACAUGAUGAUUUGGCAUCAGAGAAGGAAGUUUCACAAAGUCGGGAACCACGGAAGAAGGCUGGGAGAUCAGUGAAAAAGCAAUCCGGGAUGGUUGUCAUUCGGAACAUUAAUUACAUCACAUCAAAACGGCAGAAUUCUUCAGGUAGCGAAUCUGAACCCGCUUCUGACUGUGAGUCUGACAAUGAAGCUGGAGAAUUGCAAACUGAUACUUCAGAGAUGAUGCAUAAGAACUCUUUGAGAUCCUCAAAAAGAAAAGGAAGACAUGAAAAAUCAGUGGAUGAAUUAAAUUCUUAUGAUAAGGAAAAAAAUGUUUGUGGAAAGGAGACAGAUACUGGACACUGGCAGGCAUUUCAAAAUUGUUUACUAAGAGACGCUGAUGAAAAUAAUCGUGCUGCCAAUCAAAGCAUGUUUGUGAACGAAAAGGAUGUUCAAAUGAAAAGACGUCAAUAUACAGUGGGUGAUGAUCCUUUAGCUCUUGGUAGACAGGAUGCAGUUGAAAUACAAGAAGGGAUGAUAACUGAAUUUCAUAAGGCUAGUGGAAACGUGACUCGCACGUUGAGGUUGUCAAAUGACGAAGUUUUAAUAUCUAGAGGAGAGGGUCAUUAUGAUGAUGGUAGAGGGUCCACAGAUGAUGUACAAGUCAGUGAAAUAAAUGGAAGAAAGGGUGUAUAUAACAGAGGUGCAAAUGAUGAAUUCAUGAUUAAUGGACGAGGAAACCAAUCAAAUUUUGUGAAUUCAACAGAUCCUCUGGCUGUAAAUGGAUUUGAGCGUGCCACUAAUAAUUUCAAUAGGAGUUUGUCAUCUGAUAUGGCUGAUGAAUCAUUUAUAGUUCCAUUCCGAUCAAUGUCACUAGAUCAUGUUGGAACUGAUAACAGAACCGCUAUUGACAUGGAUUCUGAGCUUCCAUCAACGGUUCAGAAGUCAGAAAACAAUGCUUUUAUGGUUGGAAGCCAAUUUAACUAUGAACCAGAUGGUUUGAGCUUCAUGCCUGAGCGUAGAACAGAAAAGAUGUCUAUUGGGUUUGACCCUGCUCUAGACUACAAAAUGCAGGUUGGUGUUGAAGAUGCUGCUUUAGUGGACAACAGAAAUAAAGAAGUUGUGACUGCUGUUAAGCGAGGGUCUAAGAAGUCAGAAAAGGAUCAGAAGUCAAAGGUUACUCCAGAUUCUGUAGAAAAGAAGAAGACAGGGGGGCCAAUAAGGAAAGGGAAACCAUCAAAAACAAGUCCUUUGGAUGACGCACGAGCACGUGCUGAGAGGCUUAGAAGCUUCAAAGCUGAACUCCAGAAAAUGAAGAAAGAGAAGGAAGAAGAAGAGAUGAAACGAAUAGAAGCAUUGAAGAAAGAGAGGCAAAAGAGAAUUGCAGCCAGAGGGAGUUCCACCUCUACUCAGUCACCAUUGCCCUCUAUGCAAACGAGAAAACAAGUGCCGACAAAACUUUCCCCAAGUUCUCACAAAGGAUCAAAAUUCAGUGAUUCAGAACCAGGACUCUCAUCACCUCUACAGAGGUCCAAUAUACGAACUGCUUCACUUGGAUCAGGUGAUACUCAGAAGGCCUCUAAAGCCAGAAAAUCAAGUGAUGGUAGCCACUUGCCAGGGAAUAGGUUGAGUAAAUCGGUGUCAUCAUUGUCUGAGCCAAAGAAAGAAAGCAGUGGGGUUACUCCUGAUUCAAAGGCUUCUGUUGCGCGGAUUCGAAGAUUGUCAGAACCUAAGACCAUCAGCAGUCAUCAGAGUACUUCAGUGAAGACCCGAAGUGCUGAACCAGUAUCAAAGCCAAAGGUAUCCAACGGGCCUGAGAGCAAGAAAAUAUCUGCUAUUAUUAAUCUCGAUAGAAGCAAGGCAGCAACCCUUCCUGAACUGAAAAUCAGAACAUCUAAAGGACCUUCAGAUGUAGGCCCGAACAAAUCAGUGAAAAAAGAGAUGACACAGAGGGUUAAUGAUAGCAACUCUUCUGUAACUUCUGAAACUGCUGAACUGAACAGGGACAAUGGCAAGAUAGAUCAUCAGAGUGACGUGGAUGACAACCCUGUAGUUGAGAAGACUGUUGUGGUGCUCGAAUGUGAGAAGCCCUCUAUUUCCAUUGUACAUGCAUCAGUAGAGAAGAUGGGGAUACAAAAGGGACAUUAUGAUAAUCGUGACGUAGGAGCGAAAGUUGAGGUUGUAUCAGAGUAUGCUUGUAUUCGUGCGCCAACUUCAUCCAUGGAUGAAACUAAUGGAGAAUCCAUUCAAAGCCGAUUACAGGAGCAGCCCCCUUCGUAUGAAGUAGGAUCGGUGAUGACUGGUAAUGCAGAGAAGGAAUCGCCCAAGUUUUCGAGCAUUAACACUGCUGAAAAACCUUAUCAUGCCCCUUAUGCUCGAGUCUCUUCUUUAGAAGAACCGUGUAAUGUAAAUUCAGAGUAUGGAAAAGCACCCCCAACAAGCUUGGACAUGGUGACGACAGGAGUGGAAACUGCUAAAGCACAGGUAUCUGAUUUUAAAAACCUGAAAUUAGAAAAGAUUCCAGAAGCAUCGGAGAAACCUCUGGUAAAGGAAUCAUCGAAAGGGUUCAGACGACUUUUGAAGUUCGGAAAGAAGAACCAUAGCUCGGCUGCAGGUGACCGCAGUGUUGAAUUGGAUAAUGCAAGUCUCAAUGGUUCUGAGGCGGAUGAUAAUGCAACAAAAGCUGCUGCUUCUAGUGAAGUUUUCACAUUGAAGAAUCUUAUCUCUCAAGAUGAAACCCCCAGUGCUGGCACUACUUCACAAAAGUCUUCACGGCACUUCUCUCUGUUGUCGCCCUUCCGUAGCAAGACCAGUGAAAAGAAGCUCGCAACAUGACUGGAUUUCCUGAGGUGAGGUCGCAGCACUUUUUCCAUCUUUUGGCCCUUGUGAGCUGUAACAGUUAUCGUGAUUUAUCAAUUUGCUUGCCUAUCAAUGCGUCAGAGUAGUGUUCAUUGCGAAUUGUGGUGUUGCUGAAACUGUAAAUUGUACAUUUAAAUUCAUUUUAAUACAAUACCCAUUAGGUUAAUUGGUUUGCAGCUUUCGAACUGUUUAUUUAAAAGAUUAGUUUUAGAUUUGAAUGAAUCUCAGUUUGCACAUUGUUUAGCGGAA